GAGCACCGAAUACUUUCGUCUUAAACCCUCCGAGACUCUCCUCCUCCAAAACCUCUCAUUUCAGUGUUUUUAGCUGCAGGGCUGUGGAGUUCAAAGUCGUUAAUUUCAUGAUCCAUCAAUCGUUCUAGGGUUUUCGAUUUCUGUAAUCAGUAAUGGCUUUUGGGCGAUUGCGAUCGAUUCACAAUCUGUAUCGAACGGCCGAGAUUCGACCACUUUCAUAUCUGCUUGGAAGCUCUAGAAGCUACUCGAUUGUUACAGUAAAUGAUAAACUGGAGUUAUAUUAUGAUUCGGGUUUGUUUCGAUGCCUUAAAUCAUAUAACAGAGAAGUUCCUAAAAUUAAUUGCCGGGCCACUUCUUACUUCUAUAAGGGCCACAAUGUUCUUCCCUGGACAUGUCGAAGCACAAUGACACUUUGCUCUUCAAUGCCUACUGAGCCAUGGAUCUUGUUGAAUGAUGCAAGGUUGCUAACUACAAGAGCGAAAGCCCCUGCCCAAGUUCGACAAAUGGGAGCUCUUAAAGUCUCGAUGCAGAGUCCUGGAAUCAUAUAUGAACCUUAUGCACCUCGUGAACCGAUCUCAUUUUGGAAGAGAUGGUUCACAAGAAAUGGUUGGAGAAGAACAAAAGAAGAUAUUGUUUUAGAGCUAAAAAGUGCAUAUGCAGUUGCUAAAUUAAGGAAAAUUGGCUAUUCAAGACAGAAGUUUUAUACGGAGGCUGUAGAUUUAUAUAAGGAGAUAAACUCUCAAAUAGCAAAUUCUGCUAAAGCAUCAUUAAGGAAAUCAGUUACCGAGAACAUGUACUCCGCCCUCAAGAAUGAAAUUAAACAAAGAGAAUCCAAAUGGCAUAAGGUUUAUUGGGAAAUGGUUGAACCAGUUGUUAAAAUACGAACUUUGCGAGCUCGAAUGAUAUCAAUUGAUCGAAAUGACAUGAAUAAAGCUUUCAUACAGCUUACGCUUGAGUUUCUGACUAAGCAGAAGUUUGAAGCAUAUGAUUCAAAAGGCUGUGUUGUUGCUGGAGAUAAAGAUAAGGAGGUACUUGUUCGUGACAUCUGGGUAUUUGAGAGAUCUCUUUUUCACCCUGGAGCUUACUGGCGUCUUUGUGGGCGGAUAUCAUUAUAGGUUGGCUACUCUUGGCAUGACUGAGAUCUUUCAUGCUGACAGUGAAUAAGUGAUUGUUACCCAAUUUUGUAUCCUGAAGAGAUUGAAACUAGAUCCAAUUAACACAUGUGACUUCCCUUUUGUUUGGCAAAAUCAAUUUGUGAGUUGAGUAAUGAGAUGAAUAAAAUGACUUGUGGCUUAGUAUUGUCCUGUAAUUUUCUUUC